CAUGAAAUAAACAAACAAAACGGUUAUUGUCAGAAAAAUGUAAAAAUUCCAUGUAUAUUUACCAUGGCAGAGGAAAGUGUGAUUCCCGCGGCAAAAAUUCGAGAAGGUUUUACUGCUCUAGCUAGAGAAGCAAGAGAGUUAUACUUAGAUGCUGAGGUUGCUGAACUGACAUCUGUGCCAGAUCCGCUGUCGUUUUACAGAGAGUUUGUGUCCCCUAAUAAGCCAGUGGUCAUCAGGGGUGGACUGGAUUGGCCGGCCCUUACAGUGUGGACUCCUCAAUAUUUGAGAUGUAAAGCCGGGAGAUUGCCUGUCAGUGUGGCCGUAACUCCCAAUGGCUAUGCGGAUGCUGUCAAUGGAAACAAUUUUGUCAUGCCGGAAGAACGUAGAAUGAUCUUGGCUGAGUUUCUAGACAUCAUAGAACAACCAGACUCUGCAAAUGGGGUUUUCUAUAUUCAGAAACAAAACUCCAACUUCACUGAAGAAUUUGAUGAUAUAAUUGGUGACGCAGGACGAGACAUAUCCUGGGCUACAGAGGCAUUUGGAAAGUCCCCUGAUGCAGUGAAUUUCUGGAUGGGAGAUGGAAGGGCUGUGACUUCAUUACAUAAGGACCAUUAUGAGAACCUAUAUUGUGUGGUAUCUGGAUGGAAGAAGUUCAUCCUCAUUGCACCAACAGAUCUGCCAUUUGUCCCUUAUGAUAUUUACAAGCCUGCUCAUUACAAGGAAUUGAAGGGAGAGUUUGUAAUUCAACAGCUGGACGAGAUGCCAGAGGUACCCUGGAUUCCGGUUGACCCUCUAAACCCUGAUAUGGAGAGGUACCCUGAGUUUGCCCACACCCUCUGUUACGAAGUCACAGUGAAUGCAGGAGAUAUUCUCUACCUGCCGUCACUCUGGUUCCACCAUGUCAGACAGUCACACGGAUGCAUCGCAGUGAAUUACUGGUAUGACAUGGAAUUUGACAUCAAGUAUAAUUACUUCAAGUUUGUGGAAAAACUGGCAGAAGUUCAAGAAACUCACAGUAAGAAAGUUCCUCCCAGAACAACCAUGAAGGACAGUACAGUCAGCUGAUGUCAGACAUCACCAUGCAGUCACAGGCAUGAAGGACAGUGCAGUCAGCUGAUGUCAAACAUUACCAUGCAGUCACAGGCAUGAAGGACAGUGCAGUCAGCUGAUGUCAAACAUUACCAUGUAGUCACAGACAUGAAGGACAGUACAGUGAGCUGAUGUCAGACAUCACCAUGCAGUCACAGACAUGAAGGACAGUACAGUGAGCUGAUGUCAAACAUUACCAUGC